UUGUUUUUUUGGGGGUGCGGGGAGGGGGGAAGCAAGUACAGGUCGUACUUUAAUUAGUUCAUUGAAAACUCAGUUGCUCUCUGAGCGGUCGUGUAGAGACUGCUUUCAGCUUUUUUUCUGCUGACUGCUAAGAUCUAUAGAGAGCUACAACAAUGCCCAAAAGAAAGGCUGCAGGUCAAGGUGAUAUGAAGCAAGAGCCAAAGAGAAGAUCAGCCAGAUUGUCUGCUUUGCCUGUGCCCAUUAUACCAGAUUUGAAGUCCAAAAGAACAUCAACUCCAAGGAAAAUGAAGACCAAAAAUGAUAUGAUGGGAAAAAACACAGAUGCAAGUGCCAAAACCAUAGCUGAAACCAAGAAAGAAGUUGUUAAAGAACACAACAAUGAAACUGCUGAAAAUGGAGGGGCCAAAAUUAUAGAGGCACCAGUUCCUGAAAGAGAAAUAGAGGAAAUAAAAGAAGAAAAAAUUGAAGAUAUCAAAGAAGAAGGAGAAGAAAAG